GUUCCUGACCCCCGCCGCCCCGCGCAUCGCGCAACCACUCCUUCCCGGUAGACUCGCGCCUACCGGAGUGUAUCUUGCCGAUUGUCGCGAACGAUGGGACAGUACGAUCCCGACAAAUGGCUCGCGCAGUUAAUGGAAUGCCAACACCUCUCCGAACCCGACAUGAAGCUGCUAUGUGAUCGCGUGCGCUCGAUCCUGAUCGAAGAAUCGAACAUUCAGCCCGUCUCAAGCCCGGUGACCAUAUGCGGCGACAUACACGGGCAGUUCUGGGACCUGCUGGAGUUGCUACGGAAGGGUGGUAUGGUGCCGGAGACGAGCUACAUCUUCAUGGGUGACUUCGUAGAUCGAGGACAUUACAGUCUAGAGACGGUUUCAUUGCUACUGGUGUUGAAGGCAAGAUACCCCGACAAGGUGACUCUGCUGCGAGGGAACCACGAAUCGCGGCAGAUAACACAAGUAUACGGAUUCUACGACGAAUGCCAGCAGAAGUAUGGUUCGGCAACAGUAUGGAAAGCCUGCUGCAACGUCUUCGACUACCUUAACCUUGCUGCGAUCAUAGACGGCGAAACGUUGUGUGUACAUGGCGGCCUCUCACCAGACAUCCGGACGCUCGACCAAAUACGCGUCUUAAGUCGGGCGCAAGAAAUUCCGCACGAGGGCGCUUUCUGUGACCUCAUGUGGAGUGAUCCGGAUGACGUCGAGACAUGGGCGGUAAGCCCACGAGGAGCAGGAUGGCUAUUCGGCGCGUCCGUGACAAGAGAGUUCAACCACGUCAACUCUCUGUCGCUCAUCGCAAGGGCCCAUCAACUCGUCCAAGAAGGUUACAAGUACAUGUUCGACGACGCGCUCGUCACCGUCUGGUCCGCGCCGAACUAUUGCUACCGCUGCGGCAACAUGGCGAGCAUACUGACCCUUCAUGGAGACGGCAAUGGCGGAGAGGGGGAGGGAGGAAGGGAGUUCAAGGUAUUUGGCCCAGCGGAAGAGAACGAGAGAGACGUAGGUAAGAUGCCGGGGAGGAAGAUGGGGAACAUGCCUUACUUCGUGUAAGAGUGGUAUGGGCCCUGCCCGCCCUCCACGUUCUUUCAUGUUUUUUUCUGCACUACUAUACUACAGCACUCGGAUGAUCCUGUAUUAUUGCCACAUAUACUUUCUUUACCAACC